GCCGGUGCGCACGGUCCGGUUCGGUGUGUUCAUGUAUGCGUGUGUGCGCGUGUGUGUGUGAGCAAGUACGUUUUUUUGGCAUUUUUUUUUUUUUUUUGUUCGUUAAUCGUUCCGUUUUUAUCUAUUUUAUUUUUUUGGCGUUCGGCGUCGACCGGCCGAUAAAUUUUACGGCACGGCACAGUCGUGUAAGUUUACCCCCUGUAAAAUAAUUACCUAUUUAUACGUCUUCGGGUUCGCGUUCAUUCAAACUGUCUCCGGCCAAUAUCCGCGGCCGUGUCCGCGUGUGGUUUCAAAUUAAAUAAUUGAAUAAAUAAAACGUAAAACGUCCGAAACGGUUUCGUCCUCCGAACGAGUCGAAGAUGAUCCACAACGACUCGUGUCGUCGGUGGUAUGGAGACAAUAUUGCCGCAUCAAUCCGUGGACCGUUUGACUGUUUAAAAUUCGUUUAGAUACAGUGGUGGAUUCGUGUGUGUGAUUCACCACCGCACGGCAAAGGCAUCAGUUGCGUAUUACGCAGCGGGUGAAAUUUAAAAAAUAAAAAAAAAAACACUGCUCGCGAUAUCGACAAAACUGCAGUAUUUACCAAACACCUCUGUCGAAGUGUCGACACGUCGUUUCGUUUCGGGGAUUCUGUUCGGGGCAAAACGAUGAUAGUAAACAUGUGUAACAAAACAUUGAUCGGAUGGCUGAUCGUCGGUGGAGCUAUUCUGUUAAUGCUGGCCACGGAGUUGGUAUCAGGAUCCAUUGAUCACAAAGUACCGGAUGAAACGAUUUCACCUUUAAUUGAAGCUACAUCCAUAAGGGGUCCUUAUUUUGACAAAGUCGCAUCAAAAAAUGUCACUGCAUUAGUUGGUCACACUGCUUAUUUGAACUGCAGAGUGAGAAAUCUAGGAAAUCGGACGGUAUCUUGGGUUCGACAUCGAGGUAUACACUUGCUAACCGUGGGUCGAUACACGUAUACAAGUGAUCAAAGAUUUCAAGCAAUACAUUCACCUCAGAACGAAGACUGGACACUACAAAUACGGUAUCCUCAAAUAAGAGAUAGUGGAUACUACGAAUGUCAAGUAGGCACAACACCUCCAAUCGGCCAUGCGAUGGUUUUAACUGUCGUAGAACCCAUAACAACAAUUAUUGGAGGUCCUGACAUGUUUAUCAAUAAGGGAAGUACUAUGAACUUAACGUGCAUCAUAAAGCAUAGUCCAGAACCACCACCACUCAUUUACUGGACACAUGACUCAAAAGAAAUAAAUUACGACUCGGCUAGAGGCGGGGUGAGUGUAAUCACGGAGAAAGGCGAAGUAACCACCAGUUAUUUGCUCGUACAAAGAGCGACCAGCACGGAUUCGGGAAAAUACACGUGUCAUCCAAGCAACGCAAAUCCUCACACCGUCGUUGUACACGUUCUUAACGGAGAGCAUCCAGCGGCUAUGCAAAAAGGUUCGAAGCUCAGUUUGAAAUCUUCACUAUCAUUCCUCAGCGUUGCUUUGGUGCUAUUUAUUAGCACGUGAUUUAAAAAUUGUAAAAUAAUAUUAUUUAUAAAUUAUAUGCUGUAAAAUACUGAAGUCAUAAACUAAAACUUUUAAAUUGUACUACAUUAUUAUGUAAUGUUACACGAUAAUAUAAUAUUAUAAUCAUACCUUUAUAAUUUUCAGUCAUACAAUAACUGUAUACUCAAAUUAUUGUUUAUACUAUAAAACUACCUAUUUAGGUGUUUAAAAGUACUCAAAUUAAAAAAAUAAACAAA